CUGCCGGGGGAGGCGGCGGCGUAGCCGGGAGGGAGCGAGAGAGGAGUUCACUUUUGCUCGGGUGUCAGCGCGCGGCGGCGGCAGCGGGCGCUGGGGAGUGAGCAGCGAGGGAGCGAGUCGCCCGUCUCGGGGCGACCAGGGGGCUGUAGCGAGAGGCCGGAUACGAACGCGCCGGCCGGGCGCAGAACCGGAGAGCCUGGCCAGCGAGGGGACCCGCGGGGGGCGCGCCCCGGGCGGGCCCCCGGAGCUCCGCAGGAUGCCCCACGAGGAGCAGCCGUCCCUGCAGAGACCCCGCUAUGGCUCUAUUGUGGACGAUGAAAGGCUCUCUGCAGAGGAGAUGGAUGAGAGGAGGCGACAGAAUAUCGCUUAUGAGUAUUUGUGCCACCUAGAAGAAGCCAAAAGGUGGAUGGAAGUUUGCUUAGUGGAAGAAUUGCCACCAACUACGGAACUGGAAGAAGGGCUUCGGAAUGGAGUUUACCUAGCCAAGUUGGCCAAGUUCUUUGCCCCAAAAAUGGUAUCAGAGAAAAAGAUCUAUGAUGUGGAACAAACACGUUAUAAGAAGUCCGGCCUUCAUUUCCGACACACAGAUAAUACAGUCCAGUGGUUACGAGCAAUGGAGUCCAUUGGUCUACCUAAGAUAUUUUAUCCAGAAACAACAGAUGUGUAUGACCGGAAAAACAUACCAAGAAUGAUAUAUUGCAUUCAUGCUCUGAGUUUAUAUCUUUUCAAGCUUGGAAUUGCACCCCAGAUCCAGGAUUUGUUGGGCAAAGUAGAUUUCACAGAGGAGGAAAUCAGUAACAUGAGAAAGGAACUGGAGAAAUAUGGAAUACAGAUGCCAUCUUUCAGCAAAAUCGGUGGUAUUCUGGCUAAUGAAUUGUCCGUGGAUGAAGCUGCCUUGCAUGCUGCAGUUAUAGCCAUUAAUGAAGCUGUUGAAAAGGGAAUCGCAGAGCAGACCAUUAUAACACUAAGAAACCCAAAUGCUGUUUUAAAAUCUGUAGAUGACCAUCUUGCACAGGAGUAUCAGAAAGAGCUCUGGGAAGCCAAAAAGAGAAAAGAGGAACAUGCAAAACUGAAGAAUAACUGUAUUUCAGAAGAAGAAAGAGAUGCCUAUGAAGAACUGCUGACACAAACAGAGAUCCAAGAAAAUAUCAGUGCAGUUAACAGGCUGGCUGCGGUGGACCACAUCAACGCUGUCCUUCAGGAAGGGGACCCCGAGGGCACACUGCUUGCGCUGAGCAAACCCGAGGCUCAGCUGCCGGUGGUGUAUCCCUUUGCUGCCACCAUGUAUCACCAUGAACUUGCCAACCUUCAGAAACAGAACGCCAUGAACUACCUGGCUCACGAGGAGCUCACGAUUGCCGUGGAGAUGUUAUCUGCCGUUGCCUUACUAAACCAGGCCCUGGAAAGCAAUGAUCUCGUGUCUGUGCAAAAUCGACUCCGAAGUCCAGCAAUAGGCUUCAACAAUCUGGACGAGACAUAUGUGGAACGUUAUGCAAAUGCACUACUCUCUAUUAAACUGGAAGCCUUAACCCAGGGGCGGGAUAAUCUAAGCUGGAAUGAAAUUCAGAAUUGUGUGGAUAUGGUUAAUCUUCAGAUUCUUGAAGAAAAUGAACGAAUUGUAGCUGUAGGGUUCAUCAAUGAAGCGAUCGAUGAAGGAAAUGCUUCUAGAACUUUGGAGACUCUACUAUUACCUAAUGCUAAAAUUAAAAAUGUGGACCCAGACUACGCCCAGCACUACCAGGAUGUUUUAUACUACGCUAAGUCUCAGAAAGUCAUGGAGAGUGAGAAUGCUUCUAAAGUUCUUUGGCUGGAAGAGAUUCAGCAUGCAAUCGAUGAGGCCAACAUGAACAGAAACAACGCAAAAGAAUGGAUUACACUGGUCGUUGAUGUUAAUCAGUGUUUGGAAAAUGAAAAAAGAAGUGAUAUUUUGUCUGCUUUGAAAUCUCCAGCUUUUAAUGAAAAUAACAUAAUCCCUGAAUGUGCUGAUAGGUACUAUAAUGCUCUUGCGAAGGCAAAAGAACACAAAUCUGAAAGCGUGACUUCUGAAGGUUCCUGGCUCAAAAUCAAUCUGCAGGAGAAAUAUCCAUACUAUUACAAUGUCAACUCGAAAGAGAGCUCCUGGGUGACUCCUGACCCUUACCUGGCUAAAGAAUCAUGGCUCAUGCCAAAAGAAAUUGAGGACAUUAUUGAGGAAAGAACAGUGGAUUACAUUCGUCAGAAAAUGUGGUCUGCUUCUGAAGAUAUGCUUCUUCGCUUUCAAGCCACAAGCUGUGGACCCCAACUCUGGCAAGAAUUUGAAGCUAGGAAAUCAUUUUUGCAUGAUCAAGAAAAGCAUGUGAUCAAAAUACAGUCUUUCUGGAGGGGACAUCAACAACAGACCGCAUAUCUUGAAAGGCAGAAAGUGUUUCAUGAUAACGUUCCUUCUAUUGUGAAGAUUCAGUCCUGGUUCCGGAUGGUAGCAGCACGAAAGAAUUAUCUUUCACGACUACAAUAUUUCCAAGAUCAUAGAAAUGAAAUUAUAAAAAUACAGUCGCUAUUGAGAGCAAGCAAAGCUAGAGAUGACUACAAGACACUGGUUGGCUCUGAAAACCCACCAUUAUCAGUAAUCCGCAAAUUUGUACACCUGUUGGACCAAAGUGACUUGGAUUUCCAGGAGGAGCUGGAGGUAGCACGACUACGGGAAGAAGUAGUGACCAAGAUCAGGGCCAAUCAACAGCUAGAGAAAGACCUGAACCUGAUGGACAUCAAGAUCGGGCUCCUGGUAAAGAACAGGAUCACACUAGAGGAUGUAAUCUCACACAGAACGAAGCUGAAUAAGAAAAAAGGUGGAGAAAUGCAGAUAUUGAAUAAUACCGAUAACCAGGGAAUCAAGAGUUUGAGUAAAGAGAGGAGGAAAACGCUAGAAACUUAUCAGCAGCUGUUUUACCUUUUACAGACCAACCCUACAUACCUGGCUAAACUGAUUUUCCAGAUGCCACAGAAUAAGUCAACUAAAUUUAUGGAUACUGUUAUUUUUACUUUAUACAAUUAUGCUUCCAAUCAGCGAGAAGAAUAUCUACUCCUUAAGCUCUUCAAAACUGCUCUGGAAGAAGAAAUACAAUCAAAGGUGGACCAGGUUCAGGACAUAGUUACUGGAAACCCUACAGUAAUCAAGAUGGUUGUCAGCUUCAACCGAGGAGCCCGUGGGCAGAGCACGCUACGCCAGCUCCUGGCUCCGGUGGUGAAGGAGAUCAUCGACGACGAGUCCCUGAUCAUCAACACCAGCCCCGUAGAUGUGUACAAAGCCUGGGUGAACCAGCUGGAAACACAGACUGGAGAGGCCAGCAAGCUGCCUUAUGAUGUGACCACAGAGCAAGCGCUGACAUACCCAGAAGUGAAAAAUAAACUGGAAGCAUCCAUUGAGAAUCUGAGGAGGGUCACCGACAAAGUUCUGAAUUCUAUCAUUUCUUCCCUUGAUCUGCUGCCUUAUGGAUUGAGGUAUAUAGCCAAGGUACUGAAGAAUUCGAUCCAUGAGAAAUUUCCAGAUGCAACAGAAGAUGAGCUCUUAAAGAUUGUUGGAAACCUCCUUUACUAUCGGUACAUGAACCCCACUAUCGUAGCACCAGACGGCUUUGACAUCAUCGACAUGACAGCCGGAGGUCAGAUAACUUCUGACCAAAGGAGAAAUUUAGGGUCCGUGGCCAAAGUUCUUCAGCAUGCAGCCUCCAACAAGCUAUUUGAAGGAGAAAACGAGCAUCUCUCAUCCAUGAACAAUUAUUUAGCAGAGACAUAUCAGGAGUUCAGGAAAUAUUUCAAAGAAGCAUGCAACGUCCCUGAGCCAGAAGAAAAGUUCAAUAUGGAUAAAUACACAGAUGUGGUGAUGGUCAGCAAACCAGUCAUCUAUAUCUCGAUCGAAGAAAUCAUCAACACCCAUUCACUCCUGUUGGAACACCAGGAUGCGAUUGCCCCCGACAAACAAGACUUACUGAAUGAACUAUUGGAAUUGCUGGGAAACGUACCCAGCGUGGAAUCAUUUCUUGGGGAAGGAGCCAUUGAUCCUAAUGAUCCUAACAAGACUAAUACACUAAGUCAGCUCUCAAAGACUGAGAUUUCUCUUUACUUGACAAGCAAGUAUGACGUGGGGGAUGGUGAAGCGAUAGAUGGUCAAAGCCUCAUGAUAAAAACCAAAAAGCUGAUCAUUGAUGUGAUCCGGAACCAACCAGGUAGCACAUUGACAGAAAUCUUAGAGACACCAGCAACUGAACAACAGGAAAUAAAUCACUCCACAGACAUGCUGAGCCGUGCCAUUAUAGAUUCCAGGACUCCAGAAGAGAUGAAGACUAGCCAGUCUAUGGCUGCAGAUGCACAGCUGCCCCUGGAGCAGAAAAAGAGGAAGAUCCAGAGGAAUCUUCGGACAUUGGAACAGACUGGACUUGUAUCAUCCAAAAAUAAAUACCAAGACAUUCUCAAUAACAUCACCAAGGUUCUUAGAAACAAUAUUUUUUCUUCUUCACAUAGCAGACAUUUGCUAAUCAUUGGUCACAAGCUAGGCACUCUGUCAUGGCACUGGCAAACACCCAAAUUUGCUGUCAUGAUUUGUUCUCAUUUUGUCAGAAAUUGUCGGAGGUCAAUUAAACUCGAUGGAAAAGAAGAACCCAAAGGCACAAAGCGAUCGAAGCCGGUGAGGUACACGGCGGCCAAGCUGCAUGAGAAAGGUGUCCUCCUGGGAAUAGAUGACCUGCAGCCAAGCCAGUUUAAAAAUGUUACAUUUGAUAUCAUAUCUACUGAAGAUGUGGGCAUCUUUGAUGUCAGAUCAAAAUUCCUGGGUGUUGAGAUGGAAAAGGUGCAGCUCAAUAUUCAGGAUUUACUGCAGAUGCAAUAUGAAGGUGUAGCUGUAAUGAAAAUGUUUGAUAAGGUUAAAGUGAAUGUAAACCUUCUCAUAUACCUGCUGAACAAGAAAUUCUAUGGAAAGUGAAGUGCCUGGAGAAAUUUCAUGGAUUCUGUAUCAUCUAAAUUGGGAAAUGAAUUUGUUUAGUACUUUUGUUUUAAACACGAUUGAAAUCACUACUUAUAAACGUGUGAUUUUUUUAAAGCCAAAACUUUUCUGAAGAAUGUACCCAUGUGCCUUUUGGAUAAUUUGAUACUACAGUAAAAUGAUGUACAAAAUGAAUUAACAUAAACACUUCCACGUUAUACUGUGGUAUAGGUACUCUGAUCUAAUAUUUUUGACAUUCUGUGAUCUGUUUUAAAGUAGGGAGAAAAUUUAGCUGACUGGGGACUAAUGUGUAGGCCUAUUUUCUUAUGAAAAAAUGUUAAAUGUCCCAUUUGAAUAAUGUAAUUCUUCAUAGUUUUUUUUUUUAAUCUAUGGAGAAAUGGAAACGUAAUUAUUUGUAAUGAAUUAUUUGGACAGAUACUUAGUUCUAAGCCCUAUCUUCUCAGAGUUAUCAAUUUUGAAGAGAACUUUUGUGCAAUGCAAAAUGAAGUUUUUAUAAGUAACUGAAAGUGACAAGACAGUAACACUUUCUGUAUAAAAGUAUAUAUUUUAUGUGAUUUAUUCCUACUAAAUGAAGUGCACUACUGCCUCAUGGUGAAGACUCUUGUACCCGGAGCCUUUAAGUGACUAAGGAACAAUGUGGAUAGUGAUCACAGCCCUCACCGCCAUUCCUCACAAUUUAUUUGAAUACUGCAAUUGUGCCUCUCAAUUUUUUGUAAUGCAAUAAAAUCAGUAUCUAGUUGGU